AUGAGCCUCCAGGGUGAGCUAUCUCCUAUCCCCAAAGACUGGGCUAGCCACACUGUCAGCACCUUGCUUAAACUAACGAAGUUGUAGCGCAGCACGGAAAACAGACCCCAGGCACUGGGAGGUGGGGCCGCGAGCUGGGGCUCCACCUCCGACCAAGCUUUCCAGCUCGAUGGACUCCUGGAGGCGGUCCGGGCCGGCCUUCUCGCUCACUUAUUACUCUGAUCGGCGGAAGUGCGGGGUCGGAAGUUGCGCGAUCGGCCUGCGCCGACUCGGUGCGACGCGCUGCCGGUACGGACGUGCUCGGUGCUGUUAUGGCUUCCAGCGGUGUGACGGUGAGCGCCGCCGGCUCGGCCGGUGAGAACUCCGAGGUUCCAGACAACGUGGGAGACUGGCUUCGCGGCGUCUACCGCUUCGCCACCGAUCGGAACGACUUCCGGAGGAACUUGAUCCUCAAUUUGGGACUCUUUGCUGCUGGAGUUUGGCUGGCCAGGAACUUGAGUGACAUUGAUUUGAUGGCACCUCAGCCAGGGGUGUAGGCAGAGAAUGGACCUCCUGUGUAUUCACACUUCCCAAAGACAGCCUACUGUCUGUGACCACCACAAGACACUACCCGAGUGGCAGCUAAAGUUGACUCCCUCUCCUUGCCUGACCCUCCCUCCCACCAGGCCCCAGCUUCAGCUGAAAUGUUGCCUCUGCAGUUUUGUGUGCAGUUCCCAACUUUCUGCACAGGGCGAUCUUUGUCCCUGUCCUGAGGAGUAGAAAUGGUUCUUGGAAAAGAUUUCAAAUAAAGUCUGCACAUCAAGA